AAGAGUUAAGUACUUGACCUCUCACCUCAGCACGAGCAGUCUGAACCAGCACUGGGUCCUGUCUGUGAUGUAGUUGCCUGCCGCACGGAACAGUGGGGUUAACGGAUCCUGCCCAAGACAAGGCCUAGGCUCAGAGAUAACUGCUGGUAACCAAUUCACCUACCGAGCUGCUUAGCCUCAGGGUGUGAGAAGAAAGCAUAGGAACCACCCACCCAGUGGCAGGGAGAAGGUACAGACCUCACACAGACAGUUGCCAAGGCCAAGACUGAACCUGGGUCAGUACAGCUGUGAGACUGCUCAAUACAGAAUUGCGCAGGAAGGGGUUACUCGCACAAACCCCACCUCUGGACUUCGCACUCCACCGAACUCAGCCCGGUGACUGGGUCCUGAUUAAGACUUGGAAGCCAGAGAAGUUACAGCCGCAGUGGGAAGGCCCAUUCCAGGUGCUACUGACCACCGAAGCCGCAGUAAGGACAAAAGAAAAAGGGUGGACCCACGCCGCGAGAAUCAAGGGACCCGUAAAGCCCGAAGAAGGUGCAGAAUGGACUUGCGUCCAGGGAGAAGACCCGAUGGUGCUAAAGCUCAAAAGACGGACAGAAUGAACUUUGGGACUGUAAUGUAUAUGCUGCUAUUGUUGAGAAGCGCUGAAGGGGGAUGUGAUAAGUGCAGGACGACGGUAAGGGUGGGCAUGACGGUUUUUCCAGGGUCCUUUGUAUCACACUCUCAUGUAAACGAGAAAUGUUAUGACUACAACAAAAAGGAGGAAUGCCUGGAAAACGGAAGGCGAUAUUAUCAAGUAAGAAAUAAGGGAUAUGUGUGGGGGUUUGGGGGCCAAGGAUUAGGGGUAUAUGGGAGUGUUACCACUUGUCCUCCCAAGGAUAAAUGGCUAUGCAUUAACAAGGGAGGACAGGGGGAUAUUCCCUCGAUAUUGGUAGACGAUUAUGUGGAUAAAGUUAAGGAAACUAUAAUCCAGAAUGAGAAAAAGAAAAUAGCUGAGGAAACUCAACACAGACAAAAAGCUGCAGUCUCCACAGACCCAUCGAUAUACCAAGAAAUAGAAAGGGAGAUUACGCUACCAGACGUAAAAGAAAACCUCUUUAUAGAUCUGGCGACUCGGGUAGCAGGCAGUCUAAAUAUUAGCAACUGUUGGGUCUGUGGAGGGCCACACAUGAGUGAACAAUGGCCUUGGCGGGGUGAAAGCCUAAAUACAUGGGAAUUAAUUCAGCGGAACUGGACGGUGGUUAAGGAUAGAAGGAAGCAAGGGUGGGAACUAACGAAUCUCCCCGAAGGACAAAUAUGUGUUGCGCGGGACGGGGAAAUAAAAGUAGGAAAAAGCCCCUGUCGGAGCAUUAAGUAUAAAGAGCAGAGCGGAAACAUUACCUGGUGGCCAGAGGAACCGAAAUGGUAUAUUACCAUAGAACCAAAAGGAAACUGUACGCCCCUCGGGAAUACCCCCGAAGUAUGGAAUUGUACUGGAACGGACCCAUACCACGGAAUUCCCGGGGUGAGUGAGGUUUGGGACAAAGGACAGGGUGUUGCCCCAGAGGGAUUGUUUUGGAUUUGCGGAGGUAGGGCAUACACACGCCUGUUGCCCAACUGGGGGGGAGUGUGUUUCCUGGGAAUUAUCCGGCCUGAAUUCUUCCUGUUGCCCGAGGAGGAUGACAAAGCAUUGGGGGUAAAGGUAUUUGAUUCCCUACGAAGAAGUAGGCGAGAGUUGCAGGUUAGAGACUGGGGAGAUAGCUGGCCACCCGCCCGGAUUAUUGAGUAUUAUGGACCAGCGACCUGGGCUCAGGAUGGGUCUUGGGGAUAUAGGACGCCCAUAUACAUGCUAAACCGAAUAAUCAGACUACAGGCGGUGGUAGAAGUAAUUACAAAUCAGACUGCAUUGGCCCUGGAACUACUAGCUAAGCAACAAAAUCAGAUGCGCACUGCUAUUUAUCAGAACCGCUUGGCAUUAGAUUAUUUGCUUGCGGCUGAAGGAGGAGUAUGUGGAAAGUUUAAUCUAACUAACUGCUGCUUAAAAAUAGAUGACAACGGAAAGGUGGUUCAAAAAAUAUCAGAUAAAAUAAGGAAACUGGCCCACGUGCCGGUACAGACCUGGAAGCCGCUGGGGUAUUGGGACUGGCUGGACGGAUGGUUGAAAGGAGGCUGGUGGCGAACCGCUUUAGGGGUUAUAGGAGGGGGAUUGAUGGUCCUCCUUCUGCUACCAUGUCUGAUCCCCUGCUUGCGGGAGCUAGUAGCUCGGGUGGCAAGACAAGUCAUGCAACCAGGGGCCCCGGCUGAUCCUGUUCAGGUACUCCUACAAAGGGAAAUAGAGCUAGAGGAAGAAGCCUAUGUAAACCCGUGGCAAAAGCCCAACUGAUAGCACAUUCUAAAAAGAAAAAGGGUGGAUUGAGAGAAAUGAUUCUUAAGGAGUCCAUUUAGAAUGUGCUGACACAGAAAGAACGUGCAAAGCAACUUGCAGGGCAACGUAUAAACCAAUUUGCAAAAUCAGGAUGAAACAAUAGCUUGCUGAUUAAAGAAGCGAUACGGGUAACGGGAAGACAUGCUUAACGGUUGAACAAUAACGGUGUUAAUGCGCUGAGGCUGAUAAGUGGGCCAAAGGGGUAAUCACAUUUGUAAUUUUGUAAUGAGAUUAAAGAAGAAUGUAGGGUAUAAA